CGCCCCUCUGGUCGAGGUGCAUUGUGGGGAGGAAAGUCGUUGCCAUUCGACCUCUGCGGGGCCUGCGCGGACGCAGCGAGAACCCUGAAAUUCAUUAUGCGUUUAAAACCUUUAUUUAUUUCCGCAUAACCUACAUACUCUCACCGGGAGGGCCGAGCGGAGCGCAGAAACGACGACGGUCCAUCUCUUUCGGAAAACACAUCGGUUAUAAACACAGCAUUUUAAUCGGAGGAGGGGGAAUACUGUUGAGAAAGUGAAGAUUCUAACAUAUAUUAAGAAAAAAAAUGUCCGGUGAGAGAAACCGCAGGUCGCUGGCUUUCCGAGGAGGUGGAUUAGCUGGGUUAACGGGUUCCAGCGGUAUCGGUGGGGGGAACUGUAACAGCUGGGAGGCCCCGGCCUGUCAAGAUCGACAUUUUAACGGGAACAGGCCGGAUCAAGAGGAGGACAGGGAUCUGGGGGCGAAAGGACCAUCGCAGAAGAGAGUGGAGGGCGCUGGAUCUGUCAGCGAUAGCACGGAACCCGAGGCGGAGGAAGAAGAGGACCCGGAAGGGGGCAGUCGGGCAGCUGCGGAGGGCGACGAUCGUGUCGACUCGGUGGAAGCGGAGGACGGGUCCGGGGACGGGAAAAACUGGGUUGCGGGGAACGGUCACAGCAACAGCGCUGACGGCCAGGAGACUGCCAGGGGAGGCGAGACGGGAUCCAGGAAAUCUGGGGUAGAGAUGAGACCGCAGACGCUGCUUCAGAAACACUCGCUUUUCCACGCUUCGUGGUUGCAAGAAUUUCCAUGGCUCAAAUUUUGCCAGGAGACUGGACUCAUGUCGUGCUCCUGGUGUCACAACAUUGCCACUAAAAACAGCGACGAGCUCGUCAAAGGCAGUCGCAACUACAAGCGGGCCUUGCUGCUGAGACAUCACCUGUCUUCUGAGCACGGGAGAAACGAUCCCACCAAACAGGAGACACUGAGGCCCUCGGACAACACCAGCCCCUCCACUAACUGCACAGAGGAAGACUACCGCAACAAGCCCAACGAGAACUCCUACUGUUACCAGCUUCUACAAGAGCUGGACAAGCAACGCAAAAGUGGCAUCCUCUGUGACGUCAACAUUGUCGUCUCGGGCCAGGUGUUCCGCGCGCACAAAAAUAUACUGGUCGCAGGCAGCCGCUACUUCAAAACCCUCUACUGUCUGACCAAGAGCGAGACCCAGGACCAGACCACGGUCACACACCUAGAUGUUGCUGCUGUGCAGGGCUUCUCGGUCAUCCUCGACUUUCUCUACUCUGGGAAUCUGCUGCUCACAAGCCAAAAUGCCAUUGAGGUGAUGUCAGUUGCUAGUUACCUCCAGAUGACAGAGGUUGUACAUUCUUGUAGGGCUUUUAUAAAGGAUGCUCUGAACAUCAGCAUCAAGCAAGAAGCUCCCGAUUCCGUGGUGGUGGACUACAACAAGAGGCAGAUGGUGGCCAAAGAGGGGCAAAGGGGGCUAGACCGUAAGCCAAGUAACUUCUGGGCGACAAGCAUCCUGUCAAAGCUAUCAAUCAAGGCCAGCAGCAAUCAAGGGAAGGAGGCAAUGGAAGAAGAUGACGAAAAUGGCCGCGUGAAAGAGGAGACGAGUGAUAUAGAGGUGACAGUGGUCGGGGGUGAGGGCUGUGCCCUGGUAACCCCCGGAGCCUCUGGUAGCUGGACCCACCACGACAACUCAUCUGAUUCAGCAGAGACCAAUGAAAUGCGGGCGACGAGUGGCCAGACGCGGGUCUUCGUCUGGAACGAGCCAGCCACAGGCGGCACGGCCGCAUCACCCGCAGCAAUAAAGCGAGAGGCACCAGAUGCUGCAGCUGGAAGUGGACGGAGGAAAAAACAAGCUACAACACGGCGGUUUGUCUACAAUUUCCCACCAGAGCCUGAAGAGGGAUUUGAUGAGGGGAUGUUCAUCCAGCCUUCAGCCUCCUACCCCAGAGAGGACUUCUCCUCGCUCUCCGAAAAUGCUGAGCUGGCCAAUCAGAUCCAGUAUAGCAUCAUGCAAGACUUACAACAAGGGGAGUCCUGGGAGAAUGGCGAGUCCUCACACCUAGCCCUCAAUAAGCUCAAGUGCCCCCACUGUAACUACAUCGCCAAGCACCGUCGCACACUCAAGAGGCAUCUGAUCAUCCACUCAGGUGUGCGCUCUUUCAGCUGCGACAUCUGCGGCAAGCUGUUCACCCGCCGUGAGCAUGUAAAGAGACAUUCCCUGGUUCACAAGAAGGACAAAAAAUACAAGUGCAUGGUAUGCAAGAAGAUCUUCAUGCUCGCAGCAAGCGUGGGUAUCCGCCACGGCUCGCGGCGCUACGGCGUGUGUGCAGACUGCGCCGACUCGCACCAGGCCACUCAGGAGGGCCUGGAGGGCAUCGAGUUUCCUCGGGACGAAGACUUUGACGGGGAGGAAGGGGAAGAAGUGGAGGGCGAGGAACCUGCUGAGAACGACCAAUCAAAUUGGGGCGAGGGCAACGCUGGUGCUGCCCCGGAAGAGGACUAAAAAAAAAAUAAAUACAUUUUUAACAAGCUUGAGAAACAAAUGAAUAACAGUUGAUGUUUAAUAUAUAUGUAUACAGAAAUCUAGCUGGUAAACAAUCAACUCCAAAGUGCUAUCAAACCUUGAGGUUACUUAAUUGUGCGAGUAUAUGACAAAGAGUUUGAUUUUUUUUUUUUUUUUUUUUUAAAGAAAAGCUUUGCGGGAACUCCAAGAUGUACAGAUUUUAUUAUUGCUCAAAUGUGUCCAACUCUGGGCCCAGCGCCCACAAGAGAACGAUUUAAUGACGAAUAACGUGAUGAAUCAGGUCUUUGGUGAUGUAUUUUAUUUCCUGUUUUGUUUUUUGUUUUCGGGACGGGCGGGCGGGAGUCUGGUAGGGUGAAGUCGUUUUUGAGUUGAGUUAGGCCAAUAAUCUAAACAAAGAAAUGUUAAUUAUUUAAUUUAUGAAGAGAGGUCUUUAUGGUCUUAUCAGAUUCUAUAAUUUGUUUUGUUCUAUUGUUUCUUUCCUUGUCUGCGAGCAGAGCCGUAGUAAGCCGUCGCUCUCUGCUGCGUCUGAGUGUGCGUUGUAGAAGUACACAGAAGAAGAGCAUUACUGUCCACAGGAAGAUUUUACCUUGCUCUGUAGAUUUUUUUUUUUUUCUUUUCUUAUAUGCGCUAAAUAUUAUUCUUUUCUGUGUUUUAUGUUUGUUUGUUUUUUUUCCUUCCCUGCACAAAAUCUUGGAACCAAAAAAUCUGUUUUGCGACUCUAAUGUAUUACAGCCAUAUUUAUGAUUAAUUUAAGAGGGCUGUGAUAUUGUGCCAAACAGACCGCACACCAAGAUUAAGCAGGAAACAAAAACUACUGAAUUUAAACAAAAAAAGAGAAAAAAAAAAAAGAUGAGAGUGAGAGAAAGACGAUGUUAGGUUUGUUGUUAAGCGGGCAGGGUGGGGGAAGAUGAUUUUAAAAAAAACAAAUAAAAAGAAAGUACAAGGGGAAAUGUUAUUGCUAGCUUUACACAAAUCACGGCGUCACAGUAACACUUUAUUAUUAUUAUUAUAAUACAAAAGCAUUUGAAUUUCACUUAAAGCUUGAAUUUUGCCAAAUGACGAAACGUUUGGUGCUGUAAUGCUUGUUGCAGAAUACUGGACCUACAGGCUAUAUAUGAUGUUUAUAAUCAUAAAGCUUAAACUGACUCAGUUAUGCAUAUGUAAUCAGCUUAAACUAUAGAAACACUGUUGUGCUACAGCGACUAUCAGGUAUGCUUUGCCAUUGUUUUUAAGCUUAUUUAAAAAAAAAAAAAAAUUUUAUUUAAUGCACACACGCGCGCACACACAUCCACACAUACAUGUACAACGUUUUUGUAGAACUACCGGCAGUACUUGCAAUUGACAUUUUGAGGACCUAAGUGGACAUCCAUACCCGUUUGUUUAUAUUUGGUACUGAGGUAUAAAGUAAAUACAGUAUAUCUAUAUAUUUUGAAUCACUUGAACGUUGGUUGUGAGGGUGGGGGGGUCAGGGAGGCGUGUAGAAAUCAUCGUGUGUGAUGUUUUUAAGUGUAAAAGAACUCCAUUUUUUUCAUAUGAUAGAGAAAUGUCAUCGUUUAAUUUGAUGUCUUUUUUUUGUUAAGGUCUGCCAGGUAGAAAACACUUUGUUCCACAAAAAGUGAAGCUCUAUGGCGCCUCAUAGACAUGCACUUACUUUUGCGUUCAUUAAAUAAUUUUCUUUUUAUGUUUCUGUGUUUUGUUUUGUUUUUUUUGUUUUGUUUUUUCUCCCCAAAAGCGGGUCUGAAUGGAACUGUUUUCUUCCAAUGUGCGACUUUUUUUUAAUUAUUAUUAUUAUUAGGGUUUUUUUGUUAU